UUAUUAAACGCUACGGGAGAAAAGAGAUUUGUUGUUCGCCAUUUUGGAAAGGUCCCCUGAAAUCGGACCUAUUUGAACUAAUUGUUACAAUCUGCCGCCAUCCAUCCCUUGCACCUAAAACAAAACAUUUCUAUUCUUAUUUUUCAAAGGAACCCAUUUGGACGGACCGAGGGAGCGGACCGUUCCCUGGGUGCAGUGCUCUGUACUCAAUGAAUUCUUCUGAUCAGCAUGUCUGCAGUUUCGGGGCUAAAUGCAAAGGCGGAGAAAGGAAGGUCGAAGUAUGUUGCAUUGGAUAUAAAUAGUAUAUACAAAGGCAAGAGUUUAGAGAACCCAAAAGCGACAGUUCAACCAAAGCAUGGCUUACAAUCACUGGGGAAAGUCGGCACUGGGCGGCGUAUGCCUCCUCCUGCUAAUUUACCAAGUUUAAAAAGUGAAAAUAGUGGCAAUAAUCCUAAUAUAAGUCUUGUUCCCAGUGGAGGUCAAGGAUGGGGCAGUACCACCAAAGAGAAAAGCAAAACAGAAGAGACCAAUGGAAAUCAGCAGCAAUCACCGCAAUCGCAGCCAGCCUCUUCACUAUCACAAACUACUCAGAAAACAAGUACAACAAACACAGUUUCAACAUCUGGAGUAAACAAAACAUGGAGCAGUGUCACACAAAGCCAAGAGGAUGGUGGUCAAGAACGGAACUUCUUGGGCCAGCAGUCGCCAUUUUUUCCUCAGGAAUUCCCCAAGUUAGCUGGUGGAGAUGUACCAACAGAAGGCAACCAGAAAUCAAAUGUAGAUUCCCAAUAUGGACCAGGACCAAGUCUAAGACCACAAACCGAAGGCAGCUGGGGAAGAGGAACACUCCAGCAACAGCCACCUGCUGGAUCGGCAGGCGGCCAACAACAGAGCAGUGGCAGUGGCGUGAACGGCCCACAGACUUCUUCAGAUACCCAAUCUUUGGCCUCAAUAAGAGACCAGCGACCUUACUCGGCUCCUAGAGGUUCAUCUAUUUCGGGCAGUGGUAUUGGCAGUGUUCCUUCAGGUUCUGAACCGCCAAUGGGAUCUCUAGGUCAUGGUCCUGGAAUGGGCAGUCAGAUGGGUCCAGGCUCAGGCAUUCAUCCACCACCACAAUAUAGGGGAAUAAUGCCAUCAUUUAUGUUUGGUCGAAAUACUUAUCCAUCUGGUUACCCAUCAAAUUACCCAAAUGUUCCUCCUCCACCUCCUCAACAAAGUACACGUCCUUCAUAUCCAUAUUCAGAAAAUAGACGACAGCAACCAGUACGUCCUCUUGCUGAAGAAGAGGCGUACCAGCGACCGGCAGCUAUCAUAACUGAAAAGGCUCUCAAAGGAUUUGAUGAAAUUCUCCAAAAUGAUGCUCAAGAUACUUGGGCCACAACUCAUGGAGAAAUAGACUAUAAUGCAAAAUUAGUAUUUAGUGAUGAUGAAGAAUCUCCUACUCAGAAAAAAGACAAAAGAGAUGCUGACGAUAAGUCUUCUAAAAAUCAAAACAAUUUAAAAACUGAAAAGGAAAGGGAUCGUAAACUUGAUAGAGAAAGAACUGCUUCGGAACGUGAAGCUAGACCCUUGCGCGAUUCUGAAUGGCCACGCGAGAAUAGGUCUGAAAAGAAGAGUGACCACGAAUCUGAUUGGACUUUUGAAAGAGGAGACGGCUUUGAUAGAGAUAGAGAAAGAGAUGAAAGGUGGAAGACAUGGAAUCAACCUUCUCAGGAGAGGUCUGCUCCCAUGGGUGGCAUGGAAUUACAAAGACAGUGGCAAGCUCAGCAGCCUCCCCAGAGGCCAUUUGACUACAGGGGGCCACCUCCACAGCCUCCAGGGUCAGCAUAUGCUGCACCCCAUGGGAGAAUGGCAGCUGGUCCUGUGCCCCUUAUGCAACAUGGUAGUUAUCCUGCACCACGAGCUGCACGCCCAGGUCCUAGGUCAUCUUCUGUUGCUGAUGAAGAUGAAAUGUGGCGUCAGCGUCGAAAGCAGCAUACUGAAGAGAUGACCGUGACUGUUGAAAGAGCACGGCAGCGUCGAGCAGAAGAAGAAAAACACUAUGAACAGAGCAAACAGUCUGCUCAAGAAAAAGCUAAAUCUUUUGAAAAAUGUGAUAAAGAAAAAGAUAUGGACAUUGAUGAUGCUGACAGGUCUCGGCAUAGUAGUGAAAGUAGGGAAGAUAAACCUCCUAGUAGAGAUGGUAGGGAAAGGGAUCGUGACAGAGGAGAUCGCUCUCAGUCUAAUUACCCACAAUUCACAUUUUCACGACAAUUUCAAAAGAAUGUACCUCCACGUUUUCAAAAGCAACAAGCAGAAUAUUUGCGACAGCAAUCUCAACAACCAGUGGCUAUUCCCUCAAGUCAGAGUGGUCAGCCACAUUUCAUGCGUUCACAGUCAGUAGGACAAACUAGUCCAGGAGCUGUACCGCUAUCCUCUCCUGUUGGUAAUCCUCCACAUGGAGUGCAAUCUCAAGCACCUGUGCAAAUGCCAUUAAACUAUGAUGCUGGGUGGUCUUCUCAUCCUUCAUAUGUUAAUCAAAUGCCAGGAAUGUCUCCCCCUGUAUCUAAAGAUAAUAGACAGAGGUCUAAUAGUCAAGGUUCAGGUACAGAUAGCUAUGAAAGUGAUAGUUGUGUACCAGAUCAGAAUGCAGCUUAUGAAAGAGAAAGUAGAGAAAAUUACUGGUCACGAGAUAGGCGUCAGCCAAGUGCGGGGAGUUAUGAUAAUUGGCAUUCUCCAUCAUCUGGUGAAGGAUAUUUUGAUCAGAAAAUGGAUUCUAAGAUGUAUGAUCAAAGGCAUGACUUCAAGAAAGUAUCCGAGAAAGAAGAAAAAGAAUUUGAUUCUCAUAUACAUGAAUCGGAACGGAGAGAAAAAGAAUUUGAUAAUCAAGAUUUUAGGUACAAAGGUCGAGAUUCAUUCAAAGAAAAUAAACAUAGUGAUAGUCGUGAAUUAAAAGACAAGAGCAGCAAAUCUAGUUCAUGGUCUAAUUCUCGAGAUUAUGAAGAUAGAGUGCCAUCAGAUCCUUUUGAUGAGCCCCAUGAAACUUCUAGAGAAAAAUCUGGAAAGGAUAGGAAUGAUCGGUAUGAAAGACAAGAUAAAGAAAGAUGGGAAAAGGACAGGCCAUCACGACCAGAUAGCCGGGAUUCAAGAGCAAGUAGAGAAUCUACCAAAGACGACAGGCACACUAUUGACAGAACUGAAAUUAGUUCUCAACCAGAACGUGAUAGAAAGGGACUUACUUCUAGAGAAGAAAAGAAAGAAAAAUCUGGUACCCUGGAUUGGGGAGAGACUCCAUAUCCUGUAGAAUCUAAAAGACGUGAAUGGUAUCAUCACCCACCACCUAUAACUCCUAAGCAGUUUGAAAGUGUCAGGCCCCCAAAGAAAAACCUCACACCUCUGAGGCGAUCUAAUGCUGCUGUUACCUCAUCUUCCACACCUGACAAAAAGUUGGAACCUGUUAAGGAUGAUGUUUCCAGUAAAAAGACUGAAUUGGAUUCUAGUGUGAAAAAAGAAAAAGACGCAAAAGAAGAAAAGAAUGAAAAAAUAAAGAGUGAAAGUGCUGCUAAAGAUAUUGAAAAGACACCUGAAAAAUAUGAACAGACUCAUUUUGAAAAAAUGAAAUCAUUUAGUAAAGAAAGUUCUAAAAAAAGUGAUCUGGAUUCUUCAGAGGUUCCUAAAAAGGACAGUAUUUCUGUUAUAGAUGAUAAAGACAAACAACGUAGUGAAAAAGAAAAACAUGAACAUUCCACACGAAGUGAACAGAAUAGAGAACGCAGGCGGGAUGGAAGAGAAAGGGGUGUCAAUUCAAGAUCUAGAGGAGGAAGCUCCUUUGUUAAUAAUACUGAUCAACCUGCUGUUAUAAGUGGAGGAGGCAGUGCACGUUAUGAAAGUUCUAGAGGUCGUGGUGGUGGCAAUAGAUCUGGAGCAUACGGACGUGGACCUUCCAAUGUACAGUCCGGUGCUGCUGCUUCUACUGGUGUUGGUGCUUAUCGUGGUAAAAGAGAAUAUAGACGAUCUAAAGUGGAAAGAGGACCACGAUUUGAUCGGCAAAAAGAAAGGGAUAAAGUUAAAGAUGACAAAAAAGAUAAACAUAGUGAUGAUACGUCUUGUUCUGAAGUUGAUGAAGGCAAGUUGGGUCACUUGAGGCAGAAAGAUGAAGAUAGUGAAGUAUCUGUUGAUGAAGCUAGUGCAUCCACAACAGAAAGUGCACAAGCUGAAAAAUAUCAAAGUUCAGAGAUAGUUCCUGAAGAAGAAAAAAAUUGUAUAGGUGACCUUUCUACUGUAUCAAAGGACAAUAUUAAGAAUGAUAAAUAUAAGAAGGAGAAAAAAGAUCAUACAAAGAUAGAUUCAAAACCCUAUGAUGAUAGGCCUAAAGAAGAAAAGGGUGGUUUUGCACCAAGAGGUGAACCAUCCAGAAGAGGCCGUGGUGGUGGAAGUACUUUAUCCUUUAGAAAUUCAAGAGGUGGAACUAGAUAUGGACCUAGUAGCUAUGGCCCUCCUCCUUCUAGAGCUGGAUUUGGUGGAAAUAAACCGGAAAAACUUGAAGAGCAAAAAAUUCUAGAAGAAAGUUUUAAUGAUGAUAACCAAGGUGAUUUUAAAACAAAUGUGUCAACCAUUGAGAGUGUAAAUAGUGACUUUCCUAGGGAAUCGAAUAAAUCCCGAUCUCUAGAAAGACCACAACAAAGGAGACCUGGUCGUUAUGAACAUUUGCCACCUCGUUUUCAAAAGAGGCACGAUCGCCGAUUAGAGAAAUUCGACCAAUCAAGUCGAGGAAGAGGUCGUGGUCGAAGUAGCAUAUAUUCAGGUAGUGGUGGUCAAAUAAUAAGUAAAAUGGGUCAAGGUGGUAAAGAAAAUUUAUCUGAUGUUGCAAAUGAAGAAUGGGAAACUGCUUCAGAAAGCAGCGAUAUUGCAGAAAGACGAGACAGGCAUGACGAUAAGGAUGAUUUGCGGAAAAAAGAUCAGCGAGAUAAAGGAUCAUCUGCUUCACGAAAGAGUUUCUCCAGUCAACGACCUGUUAAUGAUAGUAAUCAGAAUCGAAGAGGUAAUGAAUCGCGCCGUGGUGGAGGCCCAAAUUCAGGUGACAGAAAUAGGCAGCGCGAUACAUAUUCUAGAGAAAAUCGCACUAGAGAUUCCGGACGAGGUCGUCAAAAUAAUAAUUUUGGAAAUGCUGGUGAAAGAAGGUCUGUUGCUAAUAAUGGGAACAAUUCACGACCAUCCAGUAGUGCUGGUCACCCUGGAAGUGUUGGGAGAAAUAACGGGAGAGGUGGAAAUCCCUCAUCAAAAACUGGUGCCUUUCAACCUAAAAACGAAGGCACUGCUGCUGUAUAUAGAGUAGAUGAAAUAAAAUUACAAGAUCCAAAUGGAGUUCAAGCUGCUCUUACUGAUCUCACAAAUAGAAGAAAUAUGAAAGCAGAAGUUUCGGUUGCAAAAGUCCCGAAGAAUGAUAAAGACAAAACUGGUGGCUUAGAGGGUUACGAUUUAAAUAACUAUGCUAGUGUUGUAAUAAUUGAUGACCAUCCUGAAGUUGGAGAAGAUCCUAACCUUUUAUGUGGUACUGAUGAUGGUUUUCAAGAAGUGACUUCAAAAAAGCGACAUAAAAUAAUGAUUGAAAGUGAAGUUAAAAAGAUGAAGAAAGAGCCUCAUACACGGAAUAAAAGUGGCUCUCGUUCGAGGCAAAGUCGCCUUCCUCCAAGGUUUGCUAAGCAGAGAGAGAGCAUUGUUAAAUCUGCAACUACUACAACUACAUGGGAUAUAAAUGUUGAUUUGUCUUCAAGGUCAUCUUGUUCUGUUAAAGACGCAUCACCAGCACCACCAUCGGUUAAUGCGUGGGAAAAGCCCAUCAAUCAUUCCCUACGUUCACAGUCUCCCGUUGUUUCUUCACAAUCAACUACAAGUAGUGGCACUAAUACUAUUGUCAGUUCUUGUACGCCAGUGGUUUCUGUAGAUGUUCAAGCACUUUCCACAACAUCCAAAUCAAGUAGCUUUGAUCGCAGUGAUCAACAUGACAGUGGUAUUGAUGUUAGUGACCAACCAGCAUCUGCAGCUUCAUCUCAACGAUCGUCUCCUAGUAAUGACUGCAAAAUAAUUACGCCAGCUAAUGGAGGAAAGAAUACAUCUACUGAAGUAUCUGAAUUAGCAAAUGGACCUGAAAUAGAUGCCUGUAAACCUAUGUGUACUGUGGUAUUUGAAAAUAAAAACUUCAAAGCAGAAAAUGCUGUGCUUGAUCAGUUCGGCGGGCAAAAUAAAAGUCAACCUUUAAAGGAUGCAGCUACGCCAUGUGAAAAUCUAGCUCUUGGAGUUAAUUCAACUGCUAAAUCCAAAGAAUCAACUCCUGAUGUUGAAGACAAAUCCCACUGUAUGCCAGUUUCUUUUUCAAAUAAUAAAGAAUCGUAUGGAAAGGGAGAAGAAACCACAGAUAUGAAAUUAGAUUUCAAUUUUGACUCCGGUUUAGAAAGACUUACAGAUGACAAGAAUACUAGAAAUCAGAAUGGCACUUCUCAUAUGCCUAACAAAUCUCUUAAUAUUUCUCGUACUAUUGAAGUGCCAAAUAGUGCAUCGCCGGUUGGCGUUCAGUCUCCUAUUUCACCAUCAACUGAUGAUUUAAAUUUAAAAAUUCAGUCUGUUAAGAAGGUAUGGGAAAAUGAUCCACCAUUACCAACUGUCUUGGAACAUCCUCAAACGGUUUCUGAAGAAAAUCCUUCACCUACAUCUUACAAUUCUUUUGCUAAUAAUGGGGACACUUCAGCUAAUGUGUAUAAUUCUUCUGUUGACUCCAGUUCCCAAAACAGAAAGGAACAAGAUGUUUCGGAAAUUUCAUUUAGGGAAAAUUCUCCACUUCAGCAAACAUGCAGUAGUUCUCCCUUGGUGAAAAGUAUGGAUCAUAAUGUUUCUUCUGUUAAGUCUCAUUUGCAGAUGGCUGCUCAGCAUAAUGUUAUAGCAGGGCCUCAUUGUCCGGCACCAUUAAGUCCUCCUUUAAUGGGCGGAUUGGAAGCAAUGACUGGAAUCAGAACAAUAGCUGGUCUUACCAGUUCUGUUCAAGUUGCCAGUAUUCCUGCUAUCCCCAGCCCACCAACUGUUUUAUUUAAUUCUUCUCAGCAGAUGGCUCAAACUGGAAUGUAUCAGCCUUUACAAAUGGAUAGUCGUCAAACCAAUGCUGCUGCUGUUGCCGCUGCUAUGGUGCAAUUUGGGCAAUCUCCACAUGGUUAUGCACCAUUAGGUACCUAUGGUCUUUCUCAUCAACCACCACCUAAUCCUCAAUUGUCUAAUGCUUAUGGUCAGCAGUCUUUGUUUGUUCAACCUCCUGCUGCGCAUCAGGGUCAAGAUAUUUAUUCGUCCAGUCAGUAUAGAGUGCAGGCGCCUUAUCCUCAGAGUCAACAUGUCUCUUCAAACCAGGUUUUGGGUGCACAGCAAAAUAUAGCAAGUUCUCAUCUUUUGGGUUCUCAGUUAGUUCAAACAAGGCCUGCAGCUGGACCGUCGCCUGCUGCUCCUCAUCUUCAGAGUCUCCAUGGUUUGCAGGCUCCCCAGACAUCUUACUUUUCUACUUCUGCACAGCCUCAAACAGCCAAUUAUUAUCAUCAACCUCCAACAACUCCUGGUUCUCCAAUGCAACAACAACCUCAGUACCCAUCUCAUCAAAGCUAUGGAUCUCAAUCUGCAUUGAAUGUUCUACCACAAACAGCAACUGUAAACCCAAAUUAUCGUAACUUUGGAGGGCAUCAGUACAAGGCUCCUAAUAAUGUGAUGAAUAACAUUGUGCCCGAUUCUGCAUCAUUACGUUCGGCGACCAGAUCACCUACAAUUGAUGUGUCUACAAAUCGCAACAUGUUUAAUGUUAGUACUGCAGUGUCUACUGCAAUAAAUUCUACUCCUGUUGUUGCUGUUCCCCCAAUGUCCACUACUGGUGUGAUUGGCAAACAUGGACAGCCUCAAGGGAGUGCUCUUCCUACUAAUCGUAUGACAGCAACUUCUGGAAAGACUUCUCAGUAUUCAGUUCCACAGUCACAGCAGGCUUAUUUUCAAUUUGGACAACAAAAGUUUAAUCACCUGCAAUCUAAUCCAAUUCGAGCUCCACAAAUGUUGUUUCCAAAUGUUGUAAGAAAUGCUCCUCAUCAACAAAUUCCAACUGUUGCUGCUGCAGCAGCAGCGUCUAAUUUACAUUACCCACCACCUAUUCAGAGACCUGGGCCUGCAACUGUUACUCAAGCUGCACCUCAGCCUCAACAAAAAAUUGGAAUUAGACCACAAGCCAGUGUGCUGGUUCCUGGAGGAAAAUUAACAUCAGCCCAGCAGGCAAAACUAAGAGCAGAAGCUGUUCAGCAAACCCACAUGUUCUUUGCUCAGUCAAAAACUGGCAAACACGAUGAAUCUGUAUCUAAUAUGCUUUCCCAAGAUAACAAGAAUAACAUUCAAGGAGGUGUGGUUCAGAAAAUGCCCUUAACCAAUGCAAAUGCCGAAGAUAGUGAAACACAGUGUCUGUCAUCUACAAGUGAUGUUCCUUCUUCCACUACUGAAACCAAGGAUGAGAAAGGAGAAAAACCAGCUGGUGAAGAAUGAACUAAUAAAUCUGAUUUAGUGGUCUUUGAUUGUUGGCCAUUUCCUGUUCCUUAAAAUGGCCUUAACUGAAUAUAAGAAAAGUUGUCAACUUUAAGGCAUAUUUAGCUGUUCCAACUUAAAAAUGGUUUAUGUAAUUCACAUUAAACUACCAUAUUGCAUGUAAUAUCUACUAUCUUUGCUGACAUGCUUGAAAAAAAAAAUGACACUUUUCUGUAUUUUUCUUCCAAAUUACCAGAGUGACUUUCCAGUUUAUCUACCAAUGUCAUAUCUAGAAACUUGUUUAUCUGAAAUGAACUGAUAGCAUUCUCCAAGUUGAUAGUUAGUCUAUAUUUCGUUGGACAGUUUGUUUUUCUAUGAAAUACCUUUAGUUUUCUCUACUGUAAGUUGUGAACAGAUCUUUUGUGUCUAACUGCCACCUGGGGGAUGACUAAUAGGUUUACAAAAAGUAUUAGUAAGAAAAUGUUGUGGCUAACCCUGUAUUUUAUAGCCUUCUGGCUGUUUGGGAUAUUCUGAUGUUGAUGGGUUAACUGAAGUUAAGAUAUUAUAUGUAUAUUAUGUGAGUGUAUGUGAAUUUUAAAUUUGGUACUACAGCAGUGGCCGGGCUAUUUGCUUGAUAUACUUACUCAAAAUAUAUUGCUUUUGGCACAAGUGAUGCAUGGAGGGAGAUGUGUAUGAAAUAGGACCUUUUAAGAAGAGGACCAAAAUGGCAAACAAAGUUUACAAACAACUUGAAAGCACUGAUAUACUACUUUCUCCUAUUAUUUUUUUUCCCCUGUGUGUGUGUGAGAGUGUUGUAAAUUAAUCAGCAUGUAGUAGUUUGGUACAGACCUGCGAUCAGAACACUAAGUGCUGAGGACAUUUAUUGCUUGCAGUCUGGUGUUUUGGUUCUUGCUAAAUAUGGGAGAAGUAACCUAAAUUUUUCAGUUUCAAUGUUUUAUUUAAUUCUUGAUUGUAUUACGGGAAGUGAUUUGUAAAUGCUUUUGUGCCCUUGUAUAGAAAGCGGGCACUCCCAUUGAAGAGGCUCGCGUUUAACUUUGCUUAAAGGCUUUUUUAAGCCAUCUGUGGGCACCCUCAGGUAGAGGUGCCUAUCUUUUUUUAUUGGGAGUUGUUUGGGGCUGCUUUAAACUAUUCAUUCACUUCCUUGUACCUCAGUUUUUAAAGUGGAGCACAGCCAAGUAUGACAGUGCUUUACUGCAGUGGUACUGUUUCUGAAUCAUAAACUGUGUAAAACCAGCUUUGUCAAAUUUCAUUCAUGUAUACAUACCACAUUGUAAGACACUGCCGGCCAAGUUGAUCUGUGGGGUUUAGUUAGAUUCAUUUUUAUUUUAAUCAUUACACAGUUGCAUGCUUUUAAUGUUGACUGUAAUGUGUAUAAUGCACCGUGCACCUGUGCUGAUUGCAGAGGUGAACGGAUAAUAAAUUUUUGAAAUAAAAGAAAAAGAUCAAACAUUUGCUUUCUCCCCAUCAGAAGACUGUUGUAUGUAGUCGACUUUUGCUGCAAUAAAGCACUGUAAAGUAUGUA